AAUGCACCUAUAAGCUGGUUUGCCAACCGCCAGUAAAACUCAAGCAGAAGAAGAAGUAGAGGGCGUCCUGUACAAGAGACAAAACAAAACAUUGAUGGCAACAUUCGGCUGGAAACGUAAGGUGGGAGAGAGAGUUUCCAAGGUGACGGUGCAGCAGUUUGAGCAGGCUGAUGAUGAUAAUAAGGUGGAGAAGGAGGGAGUUGAUUGGCUGCAUGUUAUCAAGCGGCGGCGAGAGGUGCUGUUGGAGGAUUGCUCUGCUAAAAGCAAGAGACUAAAAGAUGAGGGCACGUUACUUGCCGAGCAAGGAAGGAACUGGGAAGCUUUGAAGAGGUGGGAUGAGGCGCUUCAGCUCACACCAGAUGACGCUGUGCUGUAUGAGAUGAAGUCACAGGUGUUGAUCAUCCUUCAAGAGGUGUUCCUGGCUGUGCAGUCUGCAGAGAUGUCAACCAAACUCCGCCCCCUCUGGUGGGAGGCGUGGCAAACUUUGGGUCGCGCUCAGCUAAGUCUCGGCGAAGUAGAACUAGCCAUACGAUCCUUCCAAGUGGCAUUGCACCUGCAUCCAUUUGAGCGCCCCCUAUGGGAGGAGGACUUAGACUGGGCCCUAAAGCUCCGGCAGCAAAAACAAGUUCUCAGUGAAAGAGAAAAACAGCAAGAGGAAGCUCGAAAGCUUCUGGUGGAAGCACCUGAACUGAAGAGCGAUUAUGAUUUUGAGAGCGAUGAAGUGAUUGACGCCUGCACAGCCAUGGCUGAGAAACAGAAAAAAUAUGAGGACUUAAAGAAAACAGCAGUUAUUGUGGAAACACAUGGGGCGGUGAAAGAGGUGGUUGUGGAGGAUGACAGCAGGCCAGCUUCAUCCUCAGUGAGUGAUUUAGUCAAGGCAAGAGCUCUCUAAAGAAGGAAUAGAGGUUGUUUUUGUAUUUUCUCUGUGUAUAUUGUUUAAUGUGCUACAUAUUUACUAUGUUGCUCUGACUCUGAUUGGAUUUCAUGUGUACAAUGUGAGUGAGAUGGUAUAGUGAAUACCAGAUGUUCUCUCAACAGCUGAAAUGCUUCCUUUCAAAUGGAGAAUGAAUUCCUUUAUUUUACCGAUGCAUUUGUUCGUAAAGUGCAGUUUAUAUUCCCAAAAUAAUCUUUUUAAUAAUCUAAUGAAUAAUCUUAAUGCAGGUUGUUGGUUUGGAAUGCCAUUAACUCUAGUCAGCUUUAUUGUAGUCCCCACCCAGGACUGGAACACCAUUAAAGCGGUGUUAAACUUAGAUGUUUGAUGCAUGAACACACAGAGAACAUUACCUGCUGACAGGUGAACUUUCUGUUUUUAGUUAGUGCAGUUACCAAGCAAUAACGUUUUUGUUGCUGUCUUGGGUUAAACUCUUUGGCUAAAGGGAUAGUUUUCUCAAAAAUAAAAAUGCUGCUGUCAUUUAUUCACCCUCAUUUUAUUCAAAACCAAUGUGACCAAUGUGCCGCACGGUGAGAUAAUUCAUUGACUGUCACAAUAAUGGUUUAGUUUAAGUUUUAUUUGUAUAAUGUGUGUUUAUAAUUUUAGUUUUUUGUUUCAAUUGCCCAUCAGUUAUGUGGGUUGAGACUCAAAAGCAUAUUCCGACUAAUCACAUCAAAUUCAUUUCUGUAAUUGAUUCUUUAGUUUAUUUAUUGAAUAAAAUCUUGGUUUAAAUAAUCUGCUUUCCCAUGUUUGUGUUGUGUUCUAUCACAAGAUCUUGAAUUUUUUUUAUUUCAGAUAACAUGGUAACAAGCCCAAAAUGUGUUUUUAUGAUUGGCAGUUGCUGCUAUGUAUGCAAACGUUCACCAUCAUUAAUAUUUGCGUUAAUGCUGUCCAAUUAUGUGCAUUUGCUGCCAACCAAGGAAUUUAUGUACAUACAGUAAUGGUUUUUAUUUGGCACCUGUGGGACCUGACGGAAGCUGCACCAUCCUUCUGUCUUCCGCUAAUCAUUGGCUAAUUGUUUCUUUAUUUAAAUAAAUGUGUAUGCUAACGUCUGGCUGGCGGUGACGCAUCGCAAAUAAAACUGCAAAUCGGUUCACAUUUCCCAGUUCACAUUUAUUUAAAUCUAGUACAGGGCAGGUGUCAGAAUGUACGUCAUAGCACGUACAAAUAAAUGAUUCAUGCUGAGAAUAAUGUAGUGAAGAGUUUAACUGAUUUUCAUCAUAAAUCUAAUGGGAUUAUGGGAUGUCUACAGUCUACGAAUGUCUCCGGAUUUGUCUCUGCACAUUGGUCAUUGUGUAAAGAUCAUAUGCUCUGUUCUGGUUUGGCUCAUGUAAUGAUUCCCUAGUGAAUCACUGGAUAUAUUUGCAGUAGUUGUUACCACAUAAUAAAAACAAACUGGAGAGUUGAAAGUUUAUAUAAAUUCAUUAGAACGCUGACAUCAUGCACUUGGCCUCAUGUUGUGUCAAUGAAUGAUGAUGUUAGGUAGAAUAAUAGAGAGUGACCAAAAUUCCUGCUCUGGCAUUAACUGUACCAUUAAUUUUAUUAUUCUUCAUUUAUUAUAUAUACAUUUCAAGGGUACUUCAGCUACUGUGCAUGUACACGCUAUCGUUUGUUUGGAUUGUCAAUCUGAAUUUCUCUUUUGCUUACACUGCAGAUUCAGGAAAAUGUUUUAUGGGCGCUGGGUCAAAAAGGAUGUGAACAAGUGUCCUAACAUGACCCAAACUGACUGCUAAUGCACACACACACGACCUGUUUUUGUCACAUGCUUGUGAAUCAUAAUGCAUAAAAUAUAAAUUACGAUGGCAAUUUUUGACAAAUUGGACAUGAGCACUGAUGGCAUAGAAACUCUAAAUCUGACUAUAUAUUUUCCCUUUAUCCCAACAGUAGAAAUAGCUGUACUAUUCACUGUGUUAUUACUGAU